CAAGAGGAAAAUCGUAGGUCAUAUAAUCUUCGGCGUAGAAAGGAAACUAAUUAUAAUAUAAAUGACUUGGUAGCAGUUAAGAGAACUCAAUUUGGGGCGGGGUUAAAAUUGAAAGCAAAGUUUUUAGGCCCUUAUAAGAUCGUAAAGAAACUUAGCCAUGGUCGAUACGAGGUUGAAAAGGUAGGAGAUCAUGAGGGACCGGGGAAGACAUCAACUGUUGCAGAGUAUAUGAAAAAAUGGACUAAUUCAUUCGAGGGCGAAUGACUGAGCAGGACGGCCGAAUGUAGUGCUGGAUGUAGGGUACCGGACUGAUGACAGAUGACAUUUAAAUAAACGAAGUGGACGAACCCAACGAAGCACGACCAACUUUUGAAAUCGCCAAAUACGAACGGUCAGUUGAGUUAGUUGAAGUCGGACAGUAAAAAGGAAAAGACGCCACUGCGCGCAACACACUGCUGUAAAUAGUAUUACUUUUUGUACUUUAAUUAUAUUACUUCAAUAUGUGUAUAUUGUUUGAAUAAAUAUAUACUACAUCAACUUUAAAAGUCGUAGUACGUGUCUUAAUCGGAAAAGAAUCCGGGGAACAUCGAGGACUUGAGUGGUAUUCUCUACCGGCAGUCCUACAAAAUUGGGGGCUCAGCCAGGAAUUUCAACGAGUGGAGAGCUAACAGAAAUUAAAAGCUGAUGUUUGGAAGCAGUAAAGCAGCGCAGUGAAAAGUAUUUUACCGACACAGAAAAGAAGGUGCAGAUGAAUAUGUGCAUAAAAUGUUUAAAUUGUCGCUGCGUCCAGUUGUGAGCAGAGCAUAAGCUUCGAAACUAUUGCGGAAUUCAUCAAAGUACGCACAUUUCGUAGUUAAAAUCCAAGAAAGCAUUUUUCGUACAGCUAUAUCAGCUACAAUACACCGAGACGCCAAAAAGCAGCGCAGUCGACGUCAAGAAUUGUACAUCGAAGUCGACACCACA